UUAGUCCGUCAUUCCAAGAAAGUUUACAAUUGGAACAGUCCGUGUUGUUAAAAUUGAAACAACACUGGAGCAAUUCGGAGUUCCUCCAGUCAUGGGAUUUGAAUUCUUCAGAAUGCACUUGGUCAGGAGUUUCAUGCAUCGAUGACAGGGUAGUGACACAACUACAUCUUGGAGGAAAAAACAUUACUGGAACAAUUUCAUCGACAAUAUGUGAGCUCAAGAACCUUACCUUCAUUGAUCUCUCCAACAACAAUGUUUCAGGAAUCAUACCAGUAAGCCUGAAAGAUUGCUCAAUGUUACAACAUUUGGACUUGUCCAAUAAUUCUUUGAGCGACCGGAUUCCAGGUGAGUUGUUUGAGAUGAAACAAUUACUCAAUUUAUAUCUUAAUGGUAAUAUGUUGUCUGGUGAGAUGCCAAAAGAAAUAUCAUCAUCCCAGCUGAAAAAUCUUAAUCUCUCUGAGAACUACCUGAACGGUUCGAUACCAGAAGAUAUUGGUAACUUGAAAAAUAUUGUGAAAUUGGACAUGUCACAUAAUUCUUUAAGUGGUUCAAUUACAAAUCAGUUGUUUCAGUUGCAUCAUUUGCGUCACCUGUCGCUAAGUUCCAACUACUUGUCCGGUGUGAUACCUGAUGAAAUGGACUUGUUUAGUUUAUACGAUAUGGAUCUUUCACAUAACCAAUUGACUGGUUCUAUACCAAAGGGAUUUCGGUAUUUACCUGGACUACAUGCUCUGGAUUUGUCGUAUAAUCAGUUAUCAGGAGAUAUUUCGCAAAGUAUAGAACAUCUUAGGCCUAGAAAUACUUUAAGGCUUUGUUCCAACAAACUCUCAGGAAGAAUUUCUGCUGAAUUUGUGAAGUUAACAUACGAAGAGAAUUGCUUUGAUGAGUCCAAUCUUUGUUCUACAUCCAACAACUUAUCCAUCCCCAGCCUACCAAGCUGCUCCUCCUCUGAUGAGGUUCAAAAAUCUUCGAGACCAAAACACUUGAUUAUCAUUAUUUCUGUUGUAGGAGUUGGGGUAGCUAUACAGUUAACAUGGAUAUUUUACAUGGUCAGAAAGCAUUGUUGGAAAACAAAGAAGCAGAAUGUCAAAGAUGACAUGAAGUUCAUUUCAUUUCAGAAGUUGAAGGUGACUACAGAAGACAUUUUGUCUAGCUUGAAAGACGAAAACAUAAUAGGAAAUGGAGGAUCAGGGAAGGUCUAUCGAGUUGUGAUUGAUCAAACAGGCAAUACUUAUGCUGUUAAAAGCAUAGGGCAUGGAGAAAAAUCAGGUAGAAGACACCAAAAGGAGUUCCUGGCAGAAGUUAGAACACUUGGUAGCAUUCGACACAACAACAUUGUCAAGCUCAUGUGUUGCAUCUCAAGUUUAGACAGAAAGCUUCUAGUCUAUGAAUACUUUGAGAAACAAAGCCUCGACAAAUGGCUUCACGGAAGGAAAAGAGAAGCAUCACCAGGUCAAAGUAGUACCCUGGCCCUGGAUUGGCGAAAGAGACUAAAUAUAGCCAUUGGUGCAGCUCAAGGACUAUGCUAUAUGCACCAUCAUUGCACUCGAGCCAUCAUUCAUAGAGACAUUAAGUCCAGCAAUAUCCUUCUGGACUCAGAAUUCAAUGCAAAAAUAGCAGAUUUUGGACUAGCAAAAAUACUAUCCAGGCGGGAUGACGAUCCUGAGACAGCUUCUGCUAUUGCUGGAACAUUUGGUUACAUUGCACCAGAGUAUGGCUCGACAUUCAAAGUGAACGUAAAGAUUGAUAUCUAUAGCUAUGGAGUGGUGUUAUUAGAAUUGACAACAGGGAGAGAACCCAUUCUCAGGGAUGAGCAAAUGAAUCUAGCACAAUGGGCGCUACAGUGCUACAGAGAGGGGAAUUCCAUUCUCGAGGCCCUGGAUAAAGAAGUGAUGGAAACAAGUAAUUUGGAACAAAUGAGAAGUGUUUUUAAACUAGGAGUGAUGUGUACAGGAGCAUCACCAUCUGGUAGGCCAUCAAUGAAGGAGGUUUGUUAUGUUCUCCAAAGCUGCAGAGACUCUAAUAUUUGUGAGAAACAAACAUAAUUGUAAAUAGAGAUGAUUAGAGUCUUUGAUGAUUUAUGCAAAUAGUAUCUACUCAUUUGUCAGGUACUGGCUUUGAAGAUUAU